AGCAUCAUCUCCUAGUUUAUCUAGAGAAGACGCAGAAGUGGCUUGAAAUUGAGAAUUGGCGUGAUCUUGAAAUUUGAAAGAAAUUAUACUGCAACAUUACCUAGCUCAUUGGGCAAAGGGACUAUAUCGGAGACAGAGAUAGAGUGAAAAUGAUGAAACAUCGAAAUGAUAAAUGAUUAGGCUGCAAUAUAGUCAUUUUAAUUUUCCCGAUGCCUGACCACAGUACAGUUGAGAAUCUGUUUGGAUGCUAUCUGCUGUAUUGCAGAAAUGAGCGGUAUAAGGGGCAGACAUACAUUGGCUUUACAAACAACCCCACACGCAGAAUUCGGCAGCAUAACAACGGUACGAAAGCAGGUGGUGCAUACCGCACAAGUAACAAAGGACCAUGGGACAUGGUUUUGAUGAUCCAUGGGUUUCCAACAAAAAUAUCCGCACUCAGAUUUGAGUGGGCUUGGCAGCACCCGAAGAAGUCACGCCGCCUUCAUCAUCUGCCCGGGAAACGGUCCUCAGAGAAGAAAUUCGAGUAUUGUUUCCGUGUCGUCUGUGAGAUGCUACGGACGGCUCCGUGGGAGAGGCUGCCCCUGACCAUCAGGUGGUUGAAGCAGGAAUACCAGCUGGAUUUCCCCGUAGGCAGAGAACCUCCCACACACAUGCCGAUGGCGUAUGGAGUCGUGUUCAAUAAGAAGGUAAAGCCAGCUGAGAGGAUAGAGACAAAUUCCCAGCCACAACAGGCGGCUACGUCUGAUUCUGACCUUCCUUCUCUGUCGAUUUCAAGCACGUGCCAGCGUUGUGCAGUUUGUGUAAAAAAACUUCGGCCGGAUGCAAAUACCAUUAGCUGCUUGGCUCCUACCUGCAACAUGAAAUCUCACGUUAUAUGUCUGGCUUCCAAUUUCCUCAAAUACACCAAAGAAAGCGAUUCUCAGCAGAUACUGCCGGUGGAAGGGAAGUGCCCCCGAUGUAAGAUAGAAGUGCUGUGGGGAGAUCUGAUUAGGCACAAGCAAGGCUGCUACCAGGACAUACAGGUUGAAGAAAACACAGGCAGCAGUGAAGAUGACGUCUGGCAGAGAAGUUGACCUGGCAACCAUCGUGUCCAUCGUCCCCAUCGGUCCCAAUGAGUGAUAUUGUCUGUGGCUGUGUUACAUAUAAAGAGGAUGAGGAUGAUGCUUAUAAAUGCUAAUUACAUUCUGGUAUGAGGUAAUGAGAUAAACUAAGUGAUUCCAGUAAGAUAAAUGUAUAUACUAUUUAUAUUAAGGAACCCAAUGAGUGAAAUUUCUUUGACAUACUAUAGAGUGAAAAUAUGUUUCCAAUGGGUGUUGCAUAAACAAUGUAAAUAUGAAACAGGAUAAUUUAAGAUGUAAAGAGGUUAUAUUUAUUUCUUCGGCAUCUUUGCUCUGGAUUUAUAUUUAUCUAUGGUAUUAUUGAAAAUUAAAUUGGUUAAAUUUGAAAUGAUUUUUGCAUAAAAGGUUUUCAGGUGCGCUCCUCUUAUUGCGCAGCUUCAUAUAAUUGUGAUACGUCGUCACAUGUAAUUAUGCUUCAGCGACAGUUAAAGUUGAGUGGCAUAUCUCUGUUUUGCUGUCAAUAAUGAAUUCCAUAAUGAUAUUAUUUUUUUAUCUCCAACAUGAAUGAUAGUACAUGAUGUUACCUAUCAUGGAUGUUCUAUAGAGUCUACGACUGUGUAUUGUUAUUGUUACUUGAAAAAGAACCUAAUGCAUAUUGAA